AAGCGAUAGACAGGAGAGGAGAGAGGCAAGCCGUCCGAGAAGUGGCUGGGCGUGACGUCACGAGUUUUCCUGAAAGUCAUCAACAAGCUGCAGCGGCAGCAGCACAGCGGCGGUGCCAGGGGCAAGGAGGAGCUGCAGCCGCUUCCCUUUAUUAUUAUUAUCAGAAACAUCACCACCACCAUUCUAGUUUUGUUUGUGUGUGUGGCUGGGGUUUGCGGUAUUAUUAUUCUCGCUUAGGAAAGACGCGAGCGUUACCAGGGAAGCUGCCGAGGGGGGAACCCACUUGUCUCCCCAUCACUGCCUGUGCAGGCUGAGUCACUACUGGAGAGUAGGAAGGGCUGCAGAGAUCAAGAAAGAAAAAAGAAAGAGAGAAGGAGGAGAGAGCCUGAGAACCAGAGCUGAUCAUCCGCAGAGGAACGUUUCUGUGAGCUCGGGGCUCAGAGGGGAGCCAAAAUGAGCGAUAUUACCAUUGUUAAGGAAGGCUGGGUGCAGAAAAGAGAAACCUGCUGAUGCUUCUGACACUGCAGUUGGCAAGAAAAUGCGAAUUCCAUUUCUGGUGGUGAAUUUGCAUGUCUGCCCCUUUUCUCUGCCACAUUGAGCUUUCAGCCAGCUGGGAAGAGCAGACCAGGAGGAGAGUAUAUUAAAAACUGGAGACCAAGAUACUUCCUCCUGAAAACAGAUGGCUCAUUCAUAGGCUACAAGGAAAAGCCCCAAGAUGCAGACCUACCUUACCCCUUGAACAACUUUUCAGUGGCAAAAUGCCAGUUAAUGAAAACAGAACGACCAAAGCCAAACACUUUCAUCAUCAGGUGUCUACAGUGGACCACUGUCAUAGAAAGGACUUUUCAUGUCGACACUCCAGAGGAAAGGGAGGAGUGGACGGAGGCUAUCCAGACGGUAGCAGACAGACUCCAAAGACAGGAAGAGGAGCGCAUGAACUGCAGUCCCACCUCCCAGACAGACAACAUAGGAGAGGAGGAGAUGGACACUUCCACUAGCCACCAGAAACGGAAGACCAUGAAUGACUUUGACUACUUAAAAUUACUGGGAAAAGGCACUUUCGGUAAAGUCAUUCUUGUCAGGGAGAAGGCAAGUGGUAAAUAUUAUGCAAUGAAGAUUCUGAAGAAAGAAGUAAUUAUUGCAAAGGAUGAAGUGGCUCAUACACUUACAGAGAGCAGAGUACUAAAAAACACUAGGCACCCAUUUUUAACUUCUUUGAAGUAUUCUUUCCAAACUAAGGAUCGGUUGUGCUUCGUGAUGGAGUAUGUCAAUGGAGGCGAGCUGUUUUUCCAUUUGUCGAGAGAGAGGGUGUUCUCCGAGGACCGCACACGCUUUUAUGGGGCUGAGAUCGUCUCUGCUCUCGACUAUCUACACUCCGCCAAGAUUGUGUACCGGGAUCUCAAGCUGGAAAAUUUAAUGCUAGAUAAAGACGGCCACAUCAAAAUCACAGACUUUGGACUUUGCAAAGAAGGAAUCACUGAUGCUGCUACCAUGAAGACAUUCUGUGGCACACCAGAAUAUCUGGCUCCAGAGGUGCUGGAAGAUAAUGACUAUGGGCGUGCAGUAGACUGGUGGGGCUUGGGCGUUGUCAUGUAUGAAAUGAUGUGUGGACGACUGCCUUUCUACAACCAGGACCAUGAGAAGCUCUUCGAACUUAUUCUUAUGGAGGACAUCAAAUUCCCCAGAACCCUCUCUUCUGAUGCAAAAUCCCUACUUUCAGGGCUCCUCAUAAAAGAUCCAAAUAAAAGAGUUGGCGGUGGGCCAGACGAUGCAAAAGAAAUCAUGCGGCACAGUUUUUUUGUUGGAAUAAACUGGCAAGAUGUGUAUGAUAAAAAGCUUAUACCUCCAUUUAAGCCUCAGGUGUCCUCUGAGACAGACACAAGGUAUUUUGAUGAAGAAUUUACAGCUCAGACGAUUACAAUAACUCCUCCUGAAAAAUUCGAUGAAGACGGAAUGGACUGCAUGGAUAAUGAGCGGCGGCCGCACUUCCCCCAGUUUUCCUACUCUGCCAGUGGAAGGGAAUAGGAGUCACUGGAAACUGGUCCUCAGCAUUACCACCAGAUCCUAGCACUACUUCAAUACUUGCGUUUUGAGUUUUUCAAUUUGGUUUUCUUUUUGACAGGAAAAAUCAUCAGGUGUUGGUUUAUUUAUUUUUUGUUUUGUUCUGGGAGGGACGAGGGUGGUUACACAAAGGGCAGUGUAGUGUCACUCUGAGGCCUCAGGCUAUUAUACCUCCUACUGUUUGGACAUUAUUGGCCACUGCAAAGAGCAUUUUUGUUUUGUUUGUUUGUUUGUUUGUUUGUUUUGAAAGCCGUUGAAAUUUCUGUUAGUUAAGGAAUGAAAACACUGUCUUAAGAUGUAUGCUGUCGUUUAUUUACAUUUCAGAUUGUAAAAAAAAAACAAAUAUAGCUAAUUUGAGAAAACCCCUGAAAUACUGAUUUGAAAAUUAAUAAAAGGGGUACUUCUCCUUUUGAAGGCUUGGAGAACCCAUUCUGAGUUUUAAAUUACAUAUACUGACAAUGGGAGUUUUUUAUUUUAUUUUUACUAUUGUAUUAAUUUGGGCUGAUUAUAGCAGGCUGUUUUUUUUUAAUUUUUUUUUUAUGAUAUAUUUAUCCUGUGCUUUUUGUUAGACAUAUCAUUGCUACACAAAGCAAUAGUGUGUUAUUGUUCUAAUAGCUGAUUGACAAAAAACUACAACAAACAAAAACGAUUGUAAUUAUGUUAAGCAUUUGAAAGCAUGUGGAUUCCAACUGCUAUUGAUACUCCAUGCUGUUAGCAAGAGUAGCUGGCAGCUCCACUUCCAUCUAAGUGCAAUCAAAGGAUGUAUAAACACUUAAAACCAUAGUAAGCUGAGGGAUAAAUGGGGAAAGGCACUGUUAAAAACAAAGCAAAAAAGGGUCUUGAAAUAUGAUUUCUUGUGUUUGCUUUUAGUUUAUUUUAUUUUGUAAAUGUAUUAUUGUUAUGAUUGUCCAGUUUUUUGUUCUGGAUCAAAAGGCACCUCUGAUGGCUGAAGAAUGUAGACAGGCAUAAUGCUAAGGCCUUUUAUUUUUCCUUUUUUUCCCCGUUUGAUUACCAAAACAUAGGGGGAAACCCUACAGACGAUUACUUCAAAGUCCUCUUUACCAUUGUAGUAUUUAUUUGUAAUAUUGAAUUGUUGUAUGUGUUUUUUUUGCAGGCUUCUGCUACUUUUUGUUUUUUUACUGAAGGUUUUUCAAUAUUGAGGCUUGGCAAAAAUGUUAAAAUACAUUUUUUAAAACAAUAAAAGGCCUGUACAAGCUGGCAA